AUAUAUAUAUAUAUAUAUAUAUAUAUAUAUAUAUAUAUAUAUAUUUAAUAAUACAAUUUUAUAAAAUAUAUAUUAAUUUUGACAUACGAAGUUUUAAAAUUUGUUUUAGUAUGAGCCACAAAAAGUAUGCAAUUUUAAACUAUGGAGGACGAGGGAAAAGAAUGUUCGCGUUUCCAAAUCCGAUGAAGGAUAGAAGACGAUAUUUAAAAUGGAUAGCAGCCAGUGGAAAUCCAACAUUGAUUACCAUCCCAUAUAAUAAAAUUGUAAAAAGGACAGUAUGUGAGGAUCAUUUUGAAGAGAACUUCAAACUACGGACAAGGUUGAGUGCAUAUGCUGUACCAACGUUAUUGUUACCAGAUCCUAUUGAUAUUGAAGAAGAGAUGAUAACUACUAAUACAAGUGAAGGCAUUGGUACCACUUUAUCAGAAAAUUCAAAUAAGGGACAAAGAAGUAUAGGAUGCAAUGAUUGCUAUGAAGAGAUUAGAAAAGAGGAAAUGGAAAAUAGAUUGAUAGUAACAAACAAAGGAAAGUUAAAUGGAAAAGACCUUUCGAGAUCAGAAGAGGAGAUGGAGAUGACAACAAGUGAAUAUGACGAAAAAAAUACUUUAGAGAAAAUAAGAAAUAAGGGAAAAGAGAAAGGUAAAAUAUUUUCGGUAAUAUUUUUGUAAUGUUAUUAAUAGAAAUAUAAUCAUUUCAAAAGUGUGCAGACCAUAUUUCUAUUAAUAAAAGGAAAUUAAAUAUUAAUUAUAACUUUAUAUACAUACUUUCUAUAUCUGGAACAGUGAAAGAUACCAAGUAAGUGCUACGUAUGUCAGUGGCAUUGAAUGUCAGUAUUAUGGCAUAUUUAGCACUGAAAAUCAGUGUCUCACUGUUUCAGAUGUAGAGAGUAUAUAUUCAGAAAUACAUAUAUGGUAUAAGGAAUAAUUCAAGAAAGAAGCGAAACAAAAUGUUAUAUAUAAGUGCAGGGUUUUACAUUGCAGUUAAUAAAUAAAAGUUAGUAAA